CAGCGACAUAAGUCAGCUCUGCUUGGACGCCAUACUGUCGACAUCAUCAACUAAGACUCGAGAAAGCUCUUUCGCUGAUAUACAGCUACUGAAAAGCCAAACAAAAUGAACUGAAACAGAUUAUCUAAGAUGUCGGACCAAAUUGAUGAAUCUCCGCACCCCAAUGGUGACCAAGAAUCUGGCGAGGUCACAAAGUCUUCACCAGAUAAGGAUUUGGGAUCCGAAGAACCAGACAUGGAGAAAGAUAGUUUAGAUGGUGAUUCAAAUGAUUUGAAAUAUUAUCAACCCGAGGCACAAGAGACUAAUUACGACGGAGAAGCUUUGGAUAAAAAGAAUCCAUUUCAUGGCGCAACCGGAUAUGACGAUGCAUACAAACAUUCGCCCCAUUCUCAAUCUGACUCUUUUGACUCGCUUAGCCAAUCAAAUUCAAGCACAAACGAAAAUUCUGAAUUAACAGCUCUUUUGCCUUCAACAGAAUCGCAAGAGGCACACACCGGAAGAAACAAAAAUGAGUCAAAAUCACGACUUCCGGUGAAAAGUGCGUCGGGAUUAAUUCGAAAAUCGUCAUUGCCAAAACAAAAGAUAACAAGAGACAUCAAAGUUUCAAAAAACAUGACAAGGAGUAAAACAGUUGAUUUAGCAAAGGGUGUUCUUUACCAUGAAGACAGGAAAAAGCUUCCUCGCGGAGAAUCGCAGACAUGUUUAAACGAUAAUCACGGUGUGCGUGAGACUGUUACGAGUCGUAUGCGUUUUGAAAAACGUCACAUUCCACACGAACAAGAGUGUGACGGUGAUGAUUAUAUGACGCCAACACAGAGAAGGGACCAGUUGCUUAAGGACUUAAAAGUUCAGGUCAAGGAAUUAACGAGUGAGAUAGAGGCUCGAGAUCAGCAGAUAGAAAGACUGAAGCAGGAUAUAGAUGAAGAAGCACGUAAGAUAAUUGAACAGAAGAAUGAGGAGGCAAGGCUGCUUCAAUCCAACCUCAACAGCCUGAAGACUGAACAUGAUGAUCUGAAGAUGUCUUAUCAGAAAUCCUUAUGUAGCAUUGUCGAUUUGGAAGAAACCCUUUCCCAACUCAAUGAACGUAUUGCGAGCCAGGAGAAACGGAAUGAGCAGAUUUACUUAGAAAUGUAUAAAAAGGGCCAGGAAUCUUCCCAGUUCGAGCGGAAUGUUGAACUGGAGCGUCUCGCUGUAAAUGCUGAAAGUUCCAGUAUGACAAUGAAUGAACUCAUUAGAAAACUGGUGGUCACGGAAUCCGAGCUGGCGAAAUGGCAGUCUAUUCGACGUCAUGAGUCGUACGAGUCGGCAGAGAAACCGGAAACACAAGCGGAUGUGACGUUGAGGUUCCUCAAAGACUCGUUCUUUCAUUACCUAACAGAUGUGAAGGAGUCCGAUCACCAUCUUCGAGCCAUGAUCAGAAUAUUUAGCUUUACUGACGUACAGAGGAGGAAGAUAUCGGCAUGCGUUACAGAAAAGCAGAACAAAAGUGCAUGAUCCUCCUAACUUGUUGAAUUCUUUUGUUUUUGAUAUUUCGUCUUUUCGUAUUGCAGAGUUAUCUGCUCUUGAUAGCAGGUAUUGAUUGU